AAAAAAAAAAACCGUGCACGGCAAUGAAUUCAAAAGGGGGUUCACAAAUCUUGUUAACCCCUAUAUAAUAAAUUAUAAUUUCAUAAUUUUUGAAAGUUUCUCUCUCUCUCUCUCUCAUACUAGCUUCAAAGAAAACCUCACACCAACAACAACUUGAGGAGUGAGUAACAAUGGCUUCAAAACGGAUUAACAAGGAAUUGAGGGACUUGCAGAAGGAUCCUCCUACUGCUUGCAGUGCAGGCCCUGCUGGUAGUGACAUGUUCCAUUGGCAAGCAACAAUUAUGGGUCCAGCAGACAGCCCAUACGCUGGGGGUGUGUUCUCUGUUAACAUACACUUCCCUCCUGAUUACCCAUUCAAGCCACCCAAGGUUUCCUUUAAGACAAAAGUUUAUCAUCCAAACAUUAACAGCAAUGGCAGUAUCUGUCUUGACAUUCUCAAGGAGCAAUGGAGCCCAGCCUUGACAAUUUCAAAGGUGUUGUUGUCGAUAUGCUCGCUGUUGACAGAUCCAAAUCCCAAUGAUCCCCUGGUGCCUGAGAUUGCCCAUAUCUACACGACUGAUAGAGUCAAGUAUGAUGCUACUGCUCGAGCCUGGACUCAGAAAUAUGCUAUGAGCUAGAAGCUAGAAGCUCUUGAUUCGCUUUCCAUUCUUGUUGGACGAUAUUGGUUACCAAUGGUGUGAUUUCAUUAUCGUGUCUUUUUGUGGAUAUGCACCUUAAUAAUCUUUCAGAAGUGAGAUUAUUAGGUUUUCCA